UGUGUGCAGAUGGCUGACGUCGCGGAGAGCCGCGGCCUGUGAGCGGGGCGGUGGGGUCUGCUCGGCCGUCUCCGGCGGGCCCGCCUCGAGAUGGCGGGGCGGCGGUGUGCAGGCGGAGCGGCUGCCUUGGCUGAGAUGCCUGGCUGUGGUGUGGCGGCGGAGCCCGCUCGGGAGCUCUUCGAGGCCUGCAGGAACGGUGACGUGGAGCGGGUCAAGCGGCUGGUGCGGCCCGAGAACGUGAACAGCCGCGACACGGCGGGCAGGAAGUCUAGUCCGCUGCACUUCGCCGCAGGUUUUGGUCGAAAGGAUGUAGUUGAAUAUUUACUUCAAAGUGGUGCCAACGUCCACGCACGAGAUGAUGGAGGCCUUAUUCCUCUUCACAACGCUUGCUCUUUUGGUCAUGCUGAAGUAGUCAAUCUCCUCUUGCGGCAUGGUGCAGAUCCUAAUGCUCGGGAUAACUGGAAUUACACUCCCCUUCAUGAAGCUGCCAUUAAGGGCAAGACAGAUGUCUGCAUCGUACUGCUGCAGCAUGGUGCUGAACCAACCAUCCGGAACACAGAUGGAAGAACAGCUUUGGACUUAGCAGACCCGUCUGCAAAAGCAGUGCUGACUGGUGAAUACAAGAAAGAUGAACUCUUAGAAAGUGCCAGGAGUGGAAAUGAGGAAAAGAUGAUGUCUCUUCUUACACCAUUAAAUGUUAACUGCCAUGCAAGUGAUGGCAGAAAGUCUACUCCUUUGCAUUUAGCAGCUGGGUAUAACCGUGUCAAAAUAGUGCAGCUCUUACUGCAACAUGGAGCAGAUGUACAUGCAAAGGAUAAAGGAGAUUUGGUGCCACUUCACAAUGCCUGUUCCUAUGGCCAUUAUGAAGUAACAGAGCUUCUAGUCAAGCAUGGAGCAUGUGUAAAUGCAAUGGAUCUGUGGCAAUUCACCCCUCUGCAUGAAGCAGCAUCUAAGAACAGGGUGGAAGUAUGUUCUCUUUUGUUAAGUUACGGUGCUGACCCAACACUGUUGAACUGUCACAACAAAAGCACCAUUGAUUUGGCUCCAACACCCCAAUUAAAAGAACGAUUAGCAUAUGAAUUCAAAGGUCACUCACUGCUGCAGGCUGCAAGAGAAUCGGACGUAGCUCGUAUAAAGAAGCACCUUUCUUUGGAGACUGUAAACUUCAAGCAUCCUCAAACACAUGAGACUGCAUUGCACUGUGCUGCUGCAUCUCCCUAUCCUAAGAGAAAACAAGUAUGCGAACUGCUGCUGAGGAAAGGAGCCAACAUCAAUGAAAAAACAAAAGACUUCUUGACUCCUCUGCAUGUGGCAUCAGAAAAGGCUCAUAAUGAUGUUGUUGAAGUAGUUGUGAAACAUGAAGCUAAGGUUAACGCAUUAGAUAAUCUUGGCCAGACCUCUCUUCAUAGAGCAGCACAUUGUGGUCAUCUUCAGACAUGCAGGUUGCUGUUGAGUUCUGGGUGUGAUCCUUCCAUUGUGUCUCUGCAGGGCUUUACAGCCUUACAGAUGGGAACUGAAAACGUGCAACAGCUACUACAAGAAGGUAUCCCAUUAGGUAAUUCUGAUGCAGAUCGACAGUUGCUAGAAGCUGCAAAGGCUGGAGAUGUGGAUACUGUAAAAAAACUGUGCACAGUUCAAAGUGUGAACUGCAGAGACAUUGAGGGACGUCAGUCUACACCACUUCAUUUUGCAGCUGGAUAUAACAGGGUAUCUGUUGUUGAGUAUCUUCUUCAGCAUGGAGCUGAUGUGCAUGCAAAAGAUAAGGGAGGACUUGUCCCUUUACAUAACGCUUGCUCUUAUGGGCACUAUGAAGUAGCAGAGCUUCUGGUUAAACAUGGUGCAGUUGUCAAUGUAGCUGACUUGUGGAAAUUCACUCCCUUGCAUGAGGCUGCAGCAAAAGGAAAAUACGAGAUCUGCAAACUCCUCUUGCAGCAUGGAGCUGACCCUACAAAGAAAAACAGAGAUGGAAACACUCCACUAGACCUUGUUAAAGAUGGUGAUACUGAUAUUCAAGACCUGCUCAGAGGAGAUGCCGCUCUACUAGACGCUGCAAAGAAAGGUUGUUUGGCCCGAGUGAAAAAGCUGUGUUCACCUGACAAUGUCAACUGUCGGGACACUCAAGGACGGCAUUCAACACCGCUACAUUUAGCUGCUGGUUACAACAAUUUGGAGGUUGCAGAGUACCUGUUACAGCACGGAGCAGAUGUGAAUGCACAGGAUAAGGGAGGUUUGAUUCCUCUGCAUAAUGCAGCAUCCUAUGGGCAUGUUGAUGUAGCAGCUUUACUUAUAAAGUAUAAUGCAUGCGUGAAUGCUACAGAUAAAUGGGCUUUCACACCUCUGCAUGAAGCUGCCCAGAAAGGAAGGACACAGCUUUGUGCCUUGUUGCUGGCACAUGGGGCUGAUCCUACUUUGAAAAACCAAGAAGGACAAACACCAUUGGACCUGGUCACUGCAGAUGAUGUCAGCGCGUUAUUGACAGCAGCAAUGCCUCCCUCUGCCUUACCAACCUGCUACAAACCUCAGGUUAUAAGCAUGUCUCAGACUACAGGAUCUGCAGCUGAUUCCCUGUCUUCUGUUCCAUCCAGUCCAUCCAGUCUAUCUGCUGCAAGUAGUCUUGACAACUUGUCUGGUAGUUUUUCUGAACUUCCUUCUGUUGUUGGUACAAACAGUGCAGAGGGAGCUACUGUUCUGGAGAAGAAAGAAGUUUCAGGUGUGGAUUUUAGCAUAAACCAGUUUGUGCGGAACCUUGGCCUUGAACAUCUAAUUGACAUAUUUGAAAGAGAACAAAUAACACUGGAUGUGUUGGUUGAAAUGGGCCACAAAGAACUGAAGGAAAUUGGAAUUAAUGCUUAUGGCCAUAGGCAUAAAAUCAUCAAAGGAGUUGAAAGACUCAUUUCUGGACAGCAAGGACUUAACCCAUACCUCACUCUAAAUACUUCUGGAAGUGGAACUAUUCUCAUAGAUCUUUCCACUGAAGAUAAGGAAUUUCAGUCAGUAGAAGAGGAGAUGCAGAGUACUGUCCGAGAGCACAGAGAUGGAGGGCAUGCUGGUGGAGUCUUCAAUAGAUACAACAUCUUAAAGAUUCAGAAAGUAUGCAACAAAAAGCUAUGGGAAAGAUACACUCACAGAAGGAAAGAAGUGUCUGAAGAAAAUCAUAACCAUGCUAAUGAAAGGAUGCUGUUUCAUGGCUCCCCAUUUGUGAAUGCAAUCAUUCACAAAGGCUUUGAUGAGAGACAUGCCUAUAUAGGUGGAAUGUUUGGAGCUGGGAUUUAUUUUGCUGAAAAUUCUUCCAAAAGCAAUCAGUAUGUAUAUGGAAUUGGAGGUGGCACUGGAUGUCCAAUUCACAAAGAUAGAUCUUGUUACGUUUGCCACAGGCAAUUGCUAUUUUGUCGUGUGACGCUGGGCAAGUCUUUCCUGCAGUUCAGUGCUAUGAAAAUGGCUCAUUCUCCCCCAGGGCAUCACUCAGUUACUGGGCGACCCAGUGUGAAUGGGUUGGCAUUGGCUGAAUAUGUCAUUUACAGAGGGGAACAGGCUUAUCCAGAAUACUUGAUUACUUACCAGAUUAUGAAACCUGAAGCCACCACUGAAGCUUAAGACAAAUUACUUGAGAGAAGCCAUCAGACUUUGAAUGAGAAGAUACCAGUGGCUGCCAGCGUGUUGGUUCAAAUAAGUUGUUGAAAACCUUUCAUCUCCAAGGUGGUGUGGUAGCAAAUGUGAACAAAACCUACACUUUUGACUUGAUAAAGCUUUAAUAAUGUACAGUAUGUUUUUCUAAAGUUUCAGAAAUGUCCUCUUUUUCAGCACUUUAACAGAUACCAUUCCAGGCAUAAACUGGGGUUUGGCUGUACUAAAUUAUAAACAACGGCUGACUUGAGACAAUGGUUUUAUACGAUACUGCAGUGAAAUUUAGCAGAAAUUGUAGUGGUCUAUACAGGAACUCAUUUUACUAAUACUGUGUUCUUUGAAACACUGCAUUUACACUGAAAACAAUUUCAUUUGUACAACUGUAAAUAAGAGCUUUUGUACUGGCCUGGUAUUUAUUUACAUUGCUUUGUAAUAUAAGUGUUUUAGAGCUGUAAGCUUGUACAAAACGUUUUUCUCCAGAUGUUGGUUUGUUCAUCUGCGUUUUCUCAUGCACAAUAGAUUGGAAAAGCCAAGGUGUUGGGUGGG